AUGUCUCAGGAGGGCUACCCGUCGGCAGCACUAAAUAGCUCCCCAAACACCAGCUUUAAUGCACAUGAGCAGCAGAAAGCCAGCACCACUAAAACACCAAUACAAAUCCUGCAUGAGUAUGGCACCAAAACUGGCAACCUCCCAGUGUAUUAUUUGGAGAAGGCUGAAGGCGAGGCCCACCAGCCCAGCUUCAGCAUCAGUGUGACAAUCGGAGAUGUCAGAUGCACAGGAGAAGGAACCAGUAAAAAGGCUGCCAAACACCAGGCUGCAGAGGCGGCGCUGCGCGAUCUGCACAUCGACCCUGGCAGAGUGUACAUCCGCGUGAAGUCUGAGAGUAAUGGAGUGGCAACAGAAACCAACAAACAGCCUAACUCAGUGGGGAUACUGCAGGAGCUAGCGUUGCAGAGAGGAUGGCGUCUUCCCGAAUACACAGUUCUAAUGGAAGCCGGUCCUCCACACAAAAGAGAAUUCACAGUUACGUGCCGAAUGGAAUCCCUGUUAGAAACGGCUGUGGGAAAUUCAAAAAAAGCAGCAAAGAAAGGAGCUGCAGAAAAAAUGGUGGAAAAACUCCAAAAUCUGUCAGGAUUUUCUGAAAUUACAUGGACACCUCAACCCAGUGUGAGAUUUGAAAGCUUGAGGAAAUCAUCAGCAGAGAAGAUAAAUUUACUGAGGAGAAACCCGUUGAGCAUUCCCAACACGGAUUAUAUUCAGAUGAUGUUGGAGCUGUCCCAGGAGCAGGGCUUUGAAGUCACGUACUUUGACAUUGACGAGUUGACGGUGAACGGUCAGUACCAGUGUCUGGCCGAACUCUCUACUUCGCCCGUCACUGUGUGUCACGGCACGGGCAUCUCCUGCAGCAAUGCCCACAACGACGCUGCCCACAGCGCCCUGCAGUAUAUCAAGAUUAUGGCGACCAUUAAAUAAACCGCCAUGCGCAGCCGCUGCUUCACCCUCACUGUAGUAAUAUGAUGUCAAGACAUGAUGAGGUUGCACGUAGACUGAGGUUCUGGUCCAGUUUUACACACAUGCAUUAUUUAAUAG